UUGGGCGUCGUUAGGUGAACAACGUUGGCAGAAGAAUUCAAAACUUUAGAAUUAUAGAAAUUUGAUAUCGACGUUAAACCUCAUAUUUUCAACGGACGGAUCAUGUCUCAUGUUUUCCGUUGAUAUCAACACAAAGGUUGACAUUGGUUGAUACGCAACUGACAACAUCGCUUAGGCCAAGAAAAGCUGAAUAAACGUGACCUACAAAGAUGGGGAAAUCGAUGGCAAAAUGCUUUCUUAUGGUUGUGAACUUGUUCUUUAUAGUUUUGGGAGGCGUUUUGGCAGGUUUUGGAGGUUGGUUUCUGAAAGUUAGCGGAGAUUACAAAGAAAUUCUGGAGUUUAACCAGCUCCUAACACCAGCUGUCCUUGUUAUAAUUGGAGGCGCAACGAUAUUUUUGGUCGCAUUCCUUGGGUUAGUUGGAGCCCUGAAAGAAAGCCGAUGUCUUUUAAUGAUGUACAUGGUGCUUGUUGUUUUAAUACUUUUAUUGGAGAUUGGUGCCGUGACCGUCACAUUUCUUUACAAGGACAAGGUUCAAGAAUAUGUCGAAGACAAACUAUCGAAAGCUCUCAAAGUUAGCUAUGGAAAAGACAACGAAGGCCCCGUGACGAAUGCAAUUAAUGACAUUCAGAGGACGAUGAAAUGCUGUGGAGCAAAGAAUGUCAAUGAUUACAUUGGCUCAUACUGGGCGAAUAACACAAUAAAGUUUCCCGCCAGUUGUAUAGAUGAAGAUAGACAUAGCUCAACAAAAGUAAAUGGCACAGGAGAUUACCCUUUUGAGAAGGGCUGUGUAGAGAAGUUCAGAGAAUGGGGAGGAGAUAAUUUGGUUCGGCUCGGUGGUAUAGCUGCAGCAGUUGUUGCUGUAGAGCUUGGUGGUCUGAUAUGCGCCUGCAUUAUUUACAAAGGGAAAAGUGCAGACGUUGACGUUGUCUAAAAUGUUGACCAGUAUUCAUAAACAUCCACCAACAUCUUUGGUAUUACCUUUGGUUCAAAUCCCAAGAAACUAGAACCAAGCAUGAACCGUGAACAACAAAAGACUAAUUAGCAUGCAACAUCGCUUCACAAUUGUUUUUGCAUGUUUACUAUCGUAUACGCUAGUAUACUGAUGUUAAUAGAAAUAGAGGUGCCAUAGUUUUAAGAUUUAAGAUAGGUUAUAGUCUAACUAAUGUAUUAUUGUAUGUUGUUGUAAUGAAUUCUGUGUUUUACAUAUUAUUGUAUGCUGUUGUAAUGAAUUCUGUGUUUUAUAUAAUUAAAUAGUUAAAUGUAGAGUUUAGUUUGUUUGCAAAUAUUACAGAGAGUGUCUAGCAGAAAGUAACCUCGUGCUUUUUCAUGUGCUUUCUU